AUGGUGUAACUAAACUGUCAAGAGCCUCCUCUCGUCUCGUCUCUCCUCGCCUAAAGCGAGUCCUCUCUCUUUGUCCUCGAUGAUGGCGUCUACAGCAGAGCUUCCGGCUGGUAAAGACCAAUCGAAACCAAACAGUUCGUACAACCGCUCCGUAACCGGGAAUCCAGAACUCGAUAACUGGAUUCGGAUCAUCGAGUACAUCGCGAAAUUCAAAACCGAGCUCUGGAUGCUUCACGAUGUGUUUGAAAUGGGAGGGAAGGAGGUUACAGAGAAUCUAGGUGAAGAGACCAAUGAGAUGGUAGCUUUCAGAUGCUUAGCUUCUUUGUUUGAUUAUUCUAAUUCCGAUGCUGAGUCAAAGAUCGAGUUUGAUUCUUCCCACAGCUGUCAACAUGUUCUUCAAUGCAUACUCGACGAGAUACCAUUGUCAGAGCUGAAACCAGGUGCACCGGGACUUUCAAAGUGGAAUCUUCUUCCCUUUAUCAAGAGCAAGCUUCUUUGCUUGCCAAAAUGUGCUUUGGAACUGAUGAUUGAACCAUCCAGUGAGAAUGAUGCUCAAGUGUCGCCUCGUCAGGGAGAAGAGGGUAUGAGAAUUGAUGGCAACGAGACUGAUCAAGUUACAUCUCCAAUAGCUGAUCCUGAACCAUUUGGUCACGGCCCUGGAGGUGGAGCUGAUGAGAUUAGUAGAUCCCAUGCGUUGUUUGAAGAAAGUAACCAUGGCCGUGGAGAUGGAGCUGAUGAGAUUGGUAGAUCCCAGGCGUCUCUUGAGAACGGAAGCGAUGGUUAUUUGUCAAGAAAUCCCUCGGAGAAUAUAUACAAGUGCGUUCAAUGCAAACAGAGUGGGAAGCUCUUGUUCUGCUCUAGGGAUGGCUGCACAGUCAUGGUUCAUGAGAAAUGUGUUGUGGAUUCGCCGCCUGUUUACGAUGAUGCUGGGAACUUCUACUGCUCCCUAUGUGCUGUUGGCUGUGAUUCUGCUGAGUAUAUUCAAUCUCAAGAGGAAGUUGCUAAAGCAAAGAGGAAAUUACUUUCGUUUCUUAGACUAGUGUCGAAUGUUAACAAGAAGAAACCCAUUGAAGUUUAAACCCUUACUCACUCAUUAAGAUUGUUUGGUCUCUCUAUCCCUUGGUUACAGUGAUAUACAAACAAAAGAUCUCUACUAGAA